AUGCCCGAAAUUCGGCACGUGUCACCAUGGAGAUAGUGAUGUGUAUUGACGUGGGGAGUAGCCACACGGGCUACGCGUUCUCCUCGCGCCAAGAGUUUGAGGCCCGGCCGCUUGAUAUCCAUCAGAACGAGGAGUGGAUGUCCGGUCACGCAAACCUGCACACAUAUAAGGCGCCGAGCUGCUUGCUUCUUAAACAGGACAAGACUAUCCAAGCGUUUGGAUAUGAGGCGGAGCGACGCUACCUCGCCCUCCUUGAUAACAAACAGCAUGACCAGUUCUAUUACUUCCGGCGCUUUAAGGCUGACCUUAAAACAAAGCAAUUUCGAAAAGACACGGUUAUUGAAGAAGAGGGAGGGAAGUCGAUUAACGGAAUAGCACUAUUCAAGGAGGUGUUCAAGUAUCUGCGGGGUCAUUUUAUGGAUACAUUAGACGAGAGUGCUCGCUACGGAAAUAUGGACGCCGUAGUUAGGACGUACAACAUACGUUACGUCGUGACCGUUCCAACCAAGUGGGACAACGCUUCGCGAGAUUGCAUGAAAUCUGCCGCGAAGAAAGGCGGCCUAACGCCAUGUGUCUUGUACAGCGAGACAGAGGCUGCUGCCCGCUACUGUAGACUGAUUCCGUUGAGAGUAGGCGAGGACACGGAAUUUUAUUUCCAGACGCCGGCUUCUAAACAAGUCAUCGUUGACUUCGGAGGUUGCGGUGUGGACACAGCGGUACAGGAGAUAGGAGAGGACGGAUCCAUAACGGAGUUCCCGAAAAACCUUGGCACCACUUCCGGUGCAACCCGCGUCGACUCAGACUUCCAGAGAUUCUUCUUCUCAUUGUUCGGAAACGAUUUUGCUGACACGUAUGUGAAGAAGCACAAGUUGGACUUCCUGGAACUGCAGUAUGAGUUUGAGAUGAAGAAGAAGCGAUUUACGCUUGAGUCGGACCUUGGUGCGAGUCUCGAACUUCCGCAUUCUUUGAUAAAAAUGUACACUGCGAAAUAUAAACAGUCUAUACAGUUCCUCAUAGAUGAUUCUGAUUACGUAGGUAAAAUAGUGUCUAAUGACGAGUAUCUAAUACUUAAUAAAAAUGUGAUGAAGGAUAUUUUUGGCCCGGCGGUAAAAAGCACUGUUGGAUAUCUGACAAACUUGACACGUGACCCGGAAGUGAAGCAAUGUGAUGCUAUAAUUCUUGUAGGGGGAUUCGUUGAUUCUGCCGUGGUUUCCGGCGCCGUGAGGUUUUAUUUUCCAAAUUCAAACAUGAUAACUGUCGAAGAAGCGGAACUGUGUGUGUUAAGGGGCGGAGUUCUACUAGGCCACUCCCCAGAUCCCGAUUUCUCGUUCCAAAGUAAAUUCUCAUACGGUCUAGGUAUGGCAGUGCCUUUCAAUGAAAACACUCAUCCUAAGAAGAAACGGUUCAUUGCGGACGAGGUUCAGUAUUGUACGGAUGUCUUUCAACCGCUGAUAUUCAGUGGUAAAAAGUAUAAAAUUGGCGAGUUGUCGCGGUCAGUGACCUUGAGACUCAACAGACCGAAUCAAAAACGGUUGGCUGUUCCAAUUUACGUUCUGCGUGAUAAAAAAGUUCAAUUUACGACGGAUGAAGGCUGCUCACCCAUAGGGAAACUGAUAGUAAAUUUAGAAGACCGCAAACAGGGCAAGGCCGCGGUCGAGAUUCAGAUGACGUUGCUAGGCGAUUCACUGGUUGUCAUGGGGACAGAGGAAGGGUCAAUAGACCGAACAGAUGCGGCGUUUCCGCUUGUAUGGAAAUGAGAUUAGAUAGUUUUAAAGAUUAAGUUGAUGUUUUCAUGGCCUCAGUUCAUAUGGCAUUGCUUGAUUACCUUCUUGGGUGUGAUGGAGACACAGUAGCACACUGUUUGUAAAUGCAAAUAUGGCCUUUUAUUUUUAUAGAAAUGAUAUUACGUGCGUAUGAUUAACUCUUGCUAUAAAUGAUACUUCCAUGUAGAGGUUCGAUUUUAAACUUACAAUUUAUAAGCUUUCAUAGAAUUGUGUGUGGAACUGUACUCAGCCUAAGUAUUAUCAUAUACCUUAUUCUUAAAUACUUUUUUGUUAAACGUUUUAUAUACCUUUUAAUAUCUUAAUCUUACUUAAUAAAUAUCUUUGUUAUCAUUAAAUUAAUAUUUUGAAUAUCGCCUGAAGCUGUGCAGUAGUGUUGAUUUGACUGCUUGGUGACC